ACUUACUAUAAAUAGCCUUUCACGGAACCAUAAUAAUUUUCUCUCCCCAACUAUUAAUUACACGGCAUUCCGUUUUCUCAGCUUCCUUUUCCCAUCGAUUCUAUUUUUUAACCGUUUUUUUUCAUCCUCAACGUUUCAAUCCAAAUAAUCAACGUAUAAUUUUCACAACUUUUGCUCGAUAACGGUUGCAGAUUCAUUAUACAGAAGAAAAACGGGAAUGGUAACGUUUGAUCGGUGGUGGUGAAGAAGAUGGAUUCGGCGAGGAGUUGGUUAUCCAAGUUUCAACCGCGAGAUAGACUGAGAGCUUCCACCAGGAAGAAGGACGACGUUAUGGGCGGAACCGAGGAUUCCGAUGCGUCUGUUGAUGACGAGAGUCUUUCCAGUGUUACAAAGCAGAAGGUAGCGGCCGCGAAACAGUAUAUUGAGAACCAUUACAAGGAACAGAUGAAGAGUCUUCAAGAGAGAAAGGAGCGGCGAACUAUCUUGGAAAAGAAGUUGGCGGAUGCUGAUGUCUCCGAGGAAGAUCAAAAUAACUUACUUAAAUUUUUAGAGAAAAAGGAAACUGAAUAUAUGCGUCUUCAGAGGCAUAAAAUGGGUGUGGAGGAUUUUGAGAUGUUGACUAUGAUUGGAAAAGGCGCAUUUGGGGAGGUGAGAGUCUGUAGGGAAAAGACCACGGAUCAUGUAUUUGCGAUGAAAAAGCUAAAGAAAUCAGAAAUGCUUCGAAGAGGCCAGGUUGAACACGUCAGAGCUGAGAGGAAUCUUCUUGCAGAGGUUGACAGUAAUUGUAUAGUCAAGCUUUAUUGUUCUUUCCAGGAUGAUGAUUAUUUAUAUCUUAUAAUGGAGUAUCUACCGGGAGGGGAUAUGAUGACUCUACUUAUGAGAAAGGAUACGUUGACCGAAGACGAAGCCCGAUUUUAUGUAGGAGAAACAGUUUUGGCUAUUGAAUCUAUACAUAAACACAAUUAUAUACAUAGGGAUAUUAAGCCUGAUAACUUAUUACUUGAUAAAUACGGACACUUGAAACUAUCAGAUUUUGGAUUAUGUAAACCGUUAGACUGUAGUACACUUGAAGAAUCAGACUUUUCUCAGAAUGCAAAUGGAACUGGACAGGGUGAUGACCGUGCAGGUCCGAAGCGUACGCAACAAGAACAGUUGGAAAACUGGCAGAAAAACAGGAGGACACUUGCUUAUUCUACUGUUGGUACACCAGAUUAUAUUGCUCCAGAAGUUCUAUUGAAGAAAGGUUAUGGGAUGGAAUGUGAUUGGUGGUCACUUGGAGCUAUUAUGUAUGAAAUGCUGGUGGGAUAUCCACCUUUUUAUUCCGAUGAUCCAAUGUCAACAUGCAGGAAGAUAGUAAACUGGAAGUCUCACUUGAAAUUUCCUGAAGAAGCAAGGCUAUCUCCGGAGGCCAUAGAUCUUAUAAGUAAGCUUUUGUGUAAUGUGAACCAGAGACUGGGGUCAAAUGGUGCAGUUGAAAUAAAGUCUCAUCCAUUCUUUGAAGGUGUUCAAUGGGAAAAAUUGUAUCAAAUGGAAGCUGCAUUUACUCCUGAAGUCAAUGAUGAGUUAGAUACUCAAAAUUUUGAAAAGUUUGAAGAGGCUGACAGCCAGACUCAUUCAUCAUCAAGAGCUGGUCCAUGGAGGAAGGUAAUCAUAGGUUUUUGUUUCUGUGUAAAUUGUCAUACAAUUUGUUUCUUCGUAAUUAUUUCAUUGCAUGAUUCAUUGCUCAUUGGGAUGUUGCAGAUGCUUUCAUCUAAGGACUUUAAUUUUGUGGGAUACACAUACAAGAACUUUGAAAUUGUAAACGACUAUCAAGUUCCUGGGAUGGCUGAACUGAAGAAAACCUCCAAACCAAGGAGGCCGUCUGUCAAAUCGCUGUUUGACGGGGACUCGGAGACUUCUGAGGCGUCUGAUAUGUCAGAUGUGUCUGCAAACAAUCAACCUGCUCAAUGAAGUAACUCUUCCCUUGACACCCAAAUUAGAAGUAUCUCAAAGCUUGAAGGAACCUUCCUCACAACAAGGCAGACUCUGAUGAUCUACCUGCUCAGAAAUUAUAGUUGCCAUGACUCAAGCCUGUGGCAUUUUGACCAUUUUUUUAUAUAGUUCUUAAUGCUAUUCACGUUUGGAUCGUACUUGGAAACAUUAAUGUUUUACAUGAUUCAUGGUUUGAGGAAAAGCUGGGAGGAAGUGUUGUUUCUAGAAUCAAGUUAGCCAUAUCUUGGCUUAGGCAAAUCUUGCAAGUUUUGUUUGUCACACCACAACUUUGGAAUUGUAAAUCUCUUAUUAGCAAGCUGUGAAAUAUAUGUGACACUGUGUAUAUUCAUUUAUAAAUAUUAGCAUGUAUUCUUUUACAUUAACCCAAACAACAAAGUAUUUAAUCCAAUGGAUAUACUUUGGAGAUGUGGCUUGUCACUUAGUUCCUAUUGAAGAUUGGGUGUAGAUAGAUGUCUAUGUAAAGUAUUUUUGUUUAUUCUAUUACAGAAAAUUUUUAUCCCAUCCAAUGAGGUGAAAUUCUUUUUUUAAUGAAAAAUAAAAAAAAUGUCCCUCAAUUUCCAGA